UAUGUUGUUGAAAGCGAAGAGAAUGUUUAGGCACGAUGCGAUUGCGCCAUUUGUUCGUGUUAGGCACGUAUGUUUGUAUUUGUUUGUCAUCAUUCCCCAUUCACGAAGAUGAUUCAUUUUUCAACUCCUUAGAAAACGACCAUCAUUCAUUACAAUGUUAGAAGAAGUGCGUGGAAACUGGAAAUUCAAAUCUUCUUAACUCUUUUUUAAUAUUUCGUUCUUCAUUUUCUCUCUUUUCUUUUGGUUAAAAGAACUAACGUUGUGGAGAUUCCCUCUUCUUCUUUCUCACUCUCAUGCACUUAUUUGGCUUAUAAGUGCAAGAAGAAGCCAUUGCAUUGGAGAGUCUCUCUUUGUUUCUCUCUCUCUCUCUCUCUCAAUCUGUGUUUGUAUGGAAAAGUCAACGGCAUGUUUGGUUCGUGCCAUUGUGAUCCUGUGGUGCUGCUUAAGUAAUGUCACAUCUGAUGCAUCGGAUCACCGUUACAUGAAAGGAGAUUUCGUUCCCUUUUAUGCCAACAAGGUGGGACCCUUUCACAACCCCAGUGAGACAUACCGAUAUUUCGAUCUUCCCUUUUGCUCACCAGCUAAUGUGGAAGAAAAGAGGGAAGAUCUUGGUGAAGUUUUGAACGGUGAUCGAUUAGUUGUUGCUCCUUACAAAUUGGACUUCCAAAUUGACAUAGAACCUGAAAGUAUCUGCACAAAGAGGCUUACAAUAAAAGAGGUUGCUCAAUUCAGACAUGCUGUCUUGAAGGACUAUUUCUACCAAAUGUACUAUGAUGACUUGCCUAUUUGGGGUUUCCUAGGAAAAUUUGACAGUGAAGACAAGGAUGAUCAAACUGGGGCCAUAGUCCAUCUCUUCAAGCAUGUCCAUUUUGAGAUUCUGUACAACAAGGAUCGCAUCAUUGAUGUUUUCAUUCAAAAUGAUCCACAAGCAGUUGUGGACCUGACAGAAAAUAAGGAAGUAGAAGUGGACUUCACAUAUUCUGCCACAUGGGUUGAAACAGAUACUCCAUUUGAGAAGAGGCUGGAGAAAUACUCACAGACAUCCUCACUGUCACAUAACUUGGAAAUUCAUUGGUUUUCUGUCAUCAACUCUUGUGCAACUGUUCUCCUCUUGACUGGAUUCCUGGCCAUAAUUCUCAUGCGUGUGCUCAAGAAUGAUUUUGUUAAGUUUACUCCUGAUGAGGAAGCAGUUGAUGACCAGGAGGAAAGUGGAUGGAAGUAUAUCCAUGGUGAUGUGUUCAGGUACCCAAGAUUCAAGUCUUUGUUUGCAGCAGCACUUGGAACAGGAACCCAGCUAUUUACACUUACAAUCUUCAUCUUUAUGCUAGCUCUAGUUGGUGUUUUCUAUCCAUACAAUAGGGGAGCUUUGUUUACUGCACUGGUGAUCAUAUAUGCACUAACGUCUGGCAUUGCGGGCUACUAUGCAGCUUCCUUCUACUACAUGAUUGAAGGAAAAAACUGGGUUAAAAUUUUGUUGUUGACUGGAAGUUUGUUCUCUGGACCUUUGUUUUUCACAUUCUGCUUUCUUAAUACCGUUGCACUCGCCUAUAACGCCACCGCAGCGCUUCCGUUCGGAACAAUUGUGGUUAUUUUCCUCAUAUGGACUCUUGUAACCUCACCUUUACUAGUACUGGGUGGGAUUGCUGGUAAGAAUAGCCAAUCAGGGUUUCAAGCUCCUUGCCGCACCAAUAAGUAUCCUAGGGAGAUCCCAAAACUACCUUGGUACCGUACAACUCUUGCUCAAAUGGCUAUGGCAGGUUUUCUGCCAUUCAGUGCCAUUUACAUUGAACUCUACUACAUUUUUGCUAGUGUCUGGGGUCACCAAAUUUACACCAUAUACAGCAUUCUGUUUAUUGUCUUCAUCAUCCUCUUGAUUGUCACUGCUUUUGUCACUGUGGCAUUGACAUACUUUCAGCUUGCUACUGAGGACCAUGAGUGGUGGUGGAGGUCUUUCCUCUGUGGUGGAUCAACUGGGUUGUUCAUAUAUGGGUACUGCCUGUAUUACUAUUAUGCAAGAUCAGAUAUGUCUGGCUUCAUGCAAACCUCUUUCUUUUUUGGCUACAUGGCUUGCGUUUGUUAUGGUUUCUUUCUCAUGCUUGGAACUGUGGGUUUCCGUGCUGCUUUGAUCUUUGUCCGUCACAUAUAUCAUUCUAUCAAAUGUGAAUAAUAGCUUACUGGAACCAACCACACGCUUUCUUAUCCCUUUGAUAUAGUGAUACAGAAGCUUUUCCUCUAAUCUCCCAAGUUCUUGUAGCAAAUGAUUUGUCAAAAUAUAGUGAGGGAAUAUUUUAAGAGCCUGAAGUGCUUUAUACAAAUGCCGAAUCCUAGAUUUCUACCAGUUCUUCAUAUAGUCUCAGAACAUGUAUGACAGUAGUGUAACUCACAAAAUUCUCUCGGAAAUAUAGAAGCUUUUUGGAUUACUUUCAAAUGUAGAAAUAUAGAUUUCUGCCUUAGCAUCAUAUAUUCUCACAGAACAUGUAUGACAGUAGUGUUGCGCAUUAUUCUCUCUUGGAAUUAUAGAAGCUUUUUGCAUUA